GAUAAAUAAAGAAAGAAAAAUAUUGCUGCUAAGAAAUGUUGGUAGAAAUGCCAAUGGAACAUACAGCUGUGUAGUCCAAAGCCACAAUCUUACAGAACGCAAAUCAAUUCAAGUGACGAUUCGUCCCACCCCGCCUGUCAGAUUAAAGGGGCCUUCAAGUGAAAAUGGUAUUGGUCGUGUAGAAGUGUUCCUUAAUGGAGGGUGGGGAAGAGUUUGUGAUAAAGAUUGGGAUUUCAUCGAUGCUAGGGUUGUAUGCCGUGAACUUGGUUAUCUGGAUGCUGUUGAGCAACUUAAUUAUACGACGUUUUUCAAAGGUUAUGAUCCGCCUGGGCCGGUUUACGAACUUACAUGUAAUAAAAGAGAUCGAAGUGUAGAAAACUGUUUUCACGGAAAAAAAGGCGACGACAGGUGUAAAGAUGCUGGAGUAGAAUGUAAAAGAACAGCGGUAACUAAACGAGUCAGGUUACAUGGGGAAAACGCGGCAAAUGGUACUGGUAGUAUUGAAAUCUUCCACGAUGGACGAUGGGGAUAUAUCUUAGAUUAUGGAUGGGAUAUGAGAGAUGGUAGGGUUGUAUGUCGUCAACUCGGUUUUCCCGAUGCUAGAAGGAUUUUGAUAGGAACCGAUCGUGAUCAUUUCGACAGAACAUCUCGACCGUGGUUGAAUGAAGUCGCUUGUACUGGGGAGGAACGUGAUAUAUUUGAUUGUCCUCAAAGAGGUUUCGAAAGUUAUACUCACGAGGAAUACCACAACGCAGGAGUGCAGUGCUCUUCAAAAGAGGGACUUAUUGUGAUAUUCAGUUGUUUCACUCCGGUUAAGCCAAGUAAAGGUGAUAAUUUCGCAUGUGUGUGUAGAGGUGAAGGAGGAAGCGCUGCUGUUAAUGUGACAUGGUAUAAAGAAAACACACAGACUACGGAGACGAAGAAAGAAGAACAAACAUUGGUGCUGGAAAAUGUUGGUGAAACUGACAUGGGAAUAUAUAAAUGCGUAGCUGAGGACAACGAUCGAAAAGACGAGAAAUCAAUUAAUGUGGUACUUCCCCAGAGAAUUACUGCGGUAAUCAACUGCUCCAGCGCUAUCAUAGCAGACGAAGGUGAUAAUUUGACAUGUGUUUGUAAAAAUGGGGAAUCCCAGCAGCCAACGUGUCGUGGUAUAAAGAAAAUACGCGGAUGGAAACAGAGAUUGGUGAAAGACAAACAUUGGUGUUACGAAAUGUUGUUGAACAAGACAAUGGAAUAUAUAGCUGUGUAG